AUGCGUGAGAUAGUGCAUCUGCAAGCCGGCCAGUGUGGCAAUCAAAUUGGAUCGAAGUUCUGGGAGAUAAUAUCUGACGAGCACGGCAUCGACACGACCGGCCACUACCACGGCGACAGCGACCUGCAGCUCGAGCGAAUACAGGUGUACUACAACGAGGCGGCUGAUGGAACUCGCUUCGUGCCUCGCGCCGUCCUGGUGGACUUGGAGCCCGGGACCAUGGACGCCAUCCGGUCUUCCACCUACGGCCAGCUGUUCCGGCCUGACAACUUCGUCUUCGGCCAGAGCGGAGCCGGUAACAACUGGGCGAAGGGCCAUUACACCGAGGGAGCGGAGCUGGUGGACGCUGUCAUGGACGUCGUGAGGAAGGAGUCUGAAGGCUGCGACUGUCUGCAAGGGUUCCAGCUGACGCACUCUCUGGGCGGAGGCACAGGAUCCGGCCUCGGGACGCUGCUGCUGAGCAAACUGCGUGAGGAGUAUCCCGACAGAAUCGUCAACACCUUCAGCGUCAUGCCUUCACCCAAGGUGUCCGACACAGUAGUAGAGCCGUACAACGCUACCCUCUCCGUGCACCAGCUGGUAGAGAACACAGAUGAGACCUUCUGCAUCGAUAAUGAAGCGCUCUACGAUAUCUGCUUCAGAACUCUACGACUCUCGGAGCCUACUUAUGGAGACCUUAACCAUCUCGUGUCGCUGACAAUGUCCGGAGUAACGACAUGCCUCCGGUUCCCCGGACAACUGAAUGCGGAUCUCCGGAAGCUCGCCGUGAAUAUGGUGCCCUUCCCUCGCCUACACUUCUUCAUGCCUGGUUUCGCUCCACUGACCGCCAGAAACAGCCAGGGCUACAGAGCUCUCACAGUCCCAGAAUUAACGCAACAGAUGUUCAGCCCCGGAAACAUGAUGACGGCGUGCGACCCGCGCCACGGGCGCUACCUCACCGUGGCCGCCAUCUUCAGAGGCCGCAUGUCCAUGAAAGAAGUCGAUGAACAGAUGCUCACUGUACAGGAUAAGAACUCCAGUUACUUCGUGGAGUGGAUCCCCAACAACGUGAAGGUAGCGGUGUGUGACGUCCCGCCACGCGGAGUCAAGAUGGCGGCCACCUUCGUAGGCAACUCCACGGCCAUACAGGAGAUCUUCAAACGCAUCUCGGAGCAGUUCACCGUUAUGUUCCGACGCAAGGCGUUCCUCCACUGGUACACCGGCGAGGGUAUGGACGAAAUGGAGUUCACGGAAGCCGAGAGCAACAUGAACGACUUGGUGUCCGAAUACCAGCAAUACGAGGAGGUGGGCGUAGAAGACGGAGAAUUUGAUGAGCAAGAAGAAAUGGCCGGAGAAGAUUACCCCGAGGAAGGUUAAGUUCUAGUCAACUUCAUGAGGUGCAUAUCUUUUGCUACACUCUGGACGCCACAAAGCGCCACGAAAUAAUAAUAGUAUCUACACAGUGCACAAAAAUCAAAAACAUCUUUUUAUUUAACAAUGUGUGUAAAGCCUAGUUGAUCAGUAACUAUUAUUAAUUUUAUAAUAAAUUAAUGCCUACAGAAUUUAAACAAAAUAUUCUACUCUGUGAAUGUGUUUAGUAAAACGGCCCACUUUGACGGUUACCAUUAAGGCCCAAGAUUUACUUGUAUCUUUGUAUGAAUAAACUGACAACGCGGCUUUAUAGAAAUCGACAAAGUGGGACGUUUUCCCGUGCACUCGCAUAUGCUGCAAUAAGAGUAGAUCAGAGCGUGCGCAGACAGAGAGCGGUCUGCGUUCUGUCAGAGUUCCGCGUUCUGGUGACCGUUGACCGCUCAAGAGUUCCAACGCACACAGGCGGCGUUCACACUCUCGCGUUCUAGUUUCGUUUGUGUCUUUCUACAUGCAACAUGUCACUGAAAAGUUCGUUUCCCUAUGAAGAAUUAUUGCUCAAAAAUUCCACCUAUUAAAUUCUCCUUACAGAUAAACAGCGAUUCGAUAUUUUUAUUCGCAUGUCGAUGAAUGUGUAAAAAUAAAGACUGGCUGUAUUUCUAGGACAUUGUAAUUAUUUAUUAAGGAUAAAAUAAACAUAACAGCAUUUCGUCGUGUACUAUCCGUAGAUUCGACCUCAGAAAUCCUUCCUUUUCCUAACAAAUUCAUUAUUUUUUCUGUGUUUGCAACCUCAGACAUCCCCGCGUUCCGGUGUUCUCUAUCUCGGCGGGAAAUGAACGCUAGAACGCGGCGUUCCGCUUUGACCGCCGCGGGCAGAGUGGCAGACUGAACUCUGAACGCGGAACGCAGAACUCCCGAGCGCUCUCUGUCUGCGCAGGCUCUCAGAGAUAACUCUACUAUGAUUACUUUUAUGCACAGAGUGUAGCAAACAACCAAUAAUAUGUGAUCAAAUUAUGAAUACUUGAGUAUAGAAAUUCGUACAAACUUCCUUUUUCUAUAAAAUGCAAACGGAAUGUCCAAGUGUUAUUACAUUAAAGUACUUAAAAUAAGAUCUAUUGUUAUAAAAAACAAGAUUCGUUUAUUAAUGUUUGAGAAUAUAUAGAUUUUUACACUAUUAUAGAAAUCUUUAUACAUAGAGUUUUUAUGUAUUAUAAUUUUAUUAUACAUUAUAAUCCUUGUUAUGUAAAUGUAAGUAUUCCUUACAUAGAUUUUCCUUCUUUUUGUUAAGAAGUUUUAAUCUAAUUGUUGAUAAUGUGCAGUGUUUUAAGAUUUUGAAUUUUCAUUUCACCCGCAUAAAUUAACUGUUAAAAUAUUAAUGGCCAGUUAAUAAGCGUUUAUCAAUACACAUAUAUUUUCAUUUUAUUGAUUUUUUACAAAAAAAUCUAUAACAAUUGGCCAAAGGAUGAAUUUGGUAAGUGUUUUAAAGGGUGCGCCCACGAGCGACAAAGUUGCUCGGCGACUUUUUUGUUGCUCACACCUAGUCUAUGGGAUAGUAUGAAAGUUGACAGACCAGCAAGUGUGUGCACUCUCAUACUAGCCCAUAGACUAGAUUUGAGAUACAAAAAAGU